AUGACAAUAACGGGUCAAGGCGUGGGCAGUGAUGAUCACUCCCGGGCGAUAUACCCAGAUCACCCCGAACAAGAAGCAGACCUCUCGCAACCCCAGGAAUUCCGUCGGGACACGGAGGGGUUGCACGAACCAAUAUCCUUCAAACCAAAACAAAAACGACAAUCCCGAUUCAGUUUAUCAAGCCUCUUUUCGAAUACCGCCGGCGGGUCGAAUACAGGGCUAGGCCAUGCGGGAUCGCCAGGCGCACAGAACGGAGAUGCAUCGCCUUUAGAUGCUUAUGGACCAGGGGGCCUGAAUGGGGACCCAAACUCCUCUAAAGAUGGUGCACCUCUGGACUGGUAUGUGGAAGGUCCCGGUCGACGAGUCGGGUAUGAUGACUUUACCGCGAUUGAUUGGAUCUACGAGUAUACGAAAGAGCGACAAAGGAAGCGCUUGUUAUACUCGAGUGGCCAGGGCGUCCUGGGUCAUGUCCGCCGGUUUUUGGAGGCCGGUAACAUCUGGUUCGUUCUGGUUGCAACGGGCAUCGCCGUUGGAAUUAUCGCUGCGUCUAUCGAUAUCGCAACCAACUGGCUUGGUGACCUGAAAACCGGUUACUGUAAAAACGGCAGUGGUGGUGGCAAAUUCUAUUUGAAUCGAAGCUUUUGCUGCUGGGGUCUAGACGAUCAAACAAAGUGCCAGGAUUGGAAACCUUGGGGCUCUGCUCUCGGUGUCUCUUCUGUCGGUGGAAAGUAUACCAUUGAGUACAUCUUUUUCAUUGUUUUUUCGGUGGUAUUCGCUUCUACGGCGUGCGUGCUAGUACGAAAAUUCGCCAUAUAUGCCCGCCACAGUGGAAUUCCUGAGAUCAAGACUGUUCUUGGAGGAACUGUUAUUCGGCAUUUUAUGGGUCCUUGGACGCUCACUAUCAAGUCUCUUGGCCUAUGUCUCGCAGUUGCGUCGGGUCUGUGGCUGGGCAAGGAAGGCCCACUGGUGCAUGUGGCAUGCUGCUGUGCCAACAUCAUAAUGAAGCCUUUUGACAGCCUGAAUGGCAACGAAGCACGAAAACGCGAGGUCCUUUCUGCAGCCGCUGCAGCGGGCAUAUCUGUUGCAUUCGGUGCGCCUAUCGGAGGUGUGCUCUUCAGCUUGGAGCAACUUUCCUACUAUUUCCCAGACAAGACUAUGUGGCAGAGCUUCGUUUGCGCCAUGGUUGCGGCUGUCACAUUGCAGGCCAUCAACCCCUUCCGCACGGGGAAGAUUGUGCUGUACCAAGUCACCUACACACGAGGGUGGCACCGCUUUGAGAUCAUCCCAUUCAUCAUUCUAGGUAUCAUAGGUGGUCUGUUUGGAGCGUUCUUUAUCCGUGUGAACACCAAAAUCGCCCAAUGGCGGCGAUCUCGGGGUUGGUCACGGCCGCUUUUGGAAGUAGCAGCGGUGGCACUUCUAACAGCUUUAAUCAACUUCCCAAAUCAUUUCAUGAGAGCUCAAAAUUCGGAGCUUGUCCAGGCGUUGUUUGCAGAAUGCAGUGGCGAGACGGCCGAUCGGUUUGGCCUAUGUGUGUCAGGGCCUGCAUCUCUAGCCGUCGUUGCUAUGCUUUUGGUUGGUGCUGCAUUGGCCUUUUUGCUUGCUUCCUUGACCUUUGGGCUUGAUAUUCCGGCUGGUAUCAUUCUCCCGUCCGUCGCUAUCGGUGCUUUGUACGGACGUGCUUUGGGAAUGCUUGUUCGAAUGUGGCAGGAAGCUUAUCCCAAGGCUUUCCUCUUUGCCAAGUGUGAGCCAGACAUCCCUUGUGUAACUCCUGGUCUCUACGCUAUCAUCGGUGCGGCCUCUGCUCUUGGCGGUGCAACUCGAAUGACUCUUUCGAUUGUCGUCAUCAUGUUUGAGUUGACAGGUGCCCUUACAUAUGUGAUACCUAUCAUGAUUGCUGUUAUGCUAUCGAAGUGGUGUGGUGACAUUUUCGGCAAGCGUGGUAUCUACGAGUCAUGGAUUCAGCUUAAUGAAUACCCCUUCCUGGAUCAUCGAGACGACACAAACCCGCCAGAUGUUUCUGCCCAUCGAGUAAUGACGACUGUUGAUGAUGUCUCAGUGAUUACAGCCACUGGCCAUACCAUUAGCUCACUUCGCAGCCUCCUCGCCAACACCAGCUACCGUGGUUUCCCCGUCAUCAAUGAAACCUCGAAACCUGUUCUCCUAGGCUACAUCACUCGCAAUGAGCUGUCCUUUGCGCUGAAGUACUCCACUUCGCCUACCAACCGCAAUUUAGCCGAUGAGACUCAGGUCUUCUUUCUACAUCAGCCAUUUGCAGAUCCUUUGGACACAUUGGAUCUUCGGCCUUGGAUGGAUCAAACUCCAAUCACGCUCAAUAGCAACAUCAGCUUCUUGAUCGUGUUACGAAUGUUCCAGCGUCUUGGCCUGCGCUAUGUUCUUUUCUCCAACAAGGGAAUCCUCCAAGGCCUUUUGACCAAGAAGGAUGUCUGGGCGGUCCUUAAUGGCGUGGAGUUCCGUCGACAGGAGGCCCUCCGAGAUGAUGGAUUUCAUGACGCUCACACGGCUGAAGAGGUUGGCUUGCUGCAUGCCGACGGAAGGAGUAGUCUUGGCAGUUCACUGAGAAGAGACUCGUUCUAG